CAACCACGAACCACGCAAGCGAACCCGGCCGGCGCGGGGCAGCGGCGAUGGCGGAGAUCCCGGUGAUCGACCUGCGCCUCGCCGGCUCGUCGCCCGACGAGUCGGCGCGGCUGCGCGACGCGUGCGAGCGCCUGGGCUGCUUUCGGGUGACCGGCCACGGCGCGCCCGCGGGGCUCCUGGCCGACAUGAAGGCCGCCGUGCGCGCGCUCUUCGACCUCCCCGACGACGCCAAGCGCCGCAACGCCGACGUCAUCCCCGGCAGCGGCUACGUCGCGCCCUGCCCCGCCAACCCGCUCUACGAGGCCUUCGGGCUCCUCGACGCCGCCGCGCCCGCCGACGUCGACGCCUUCUGCGCGCGCCUCGACGCGCCGCCCAAAGUCAGGGAGACCGUCAAGACCUACGCGGAGAAGAUGCACGACGUGAUCGUCGGCGUCGCCGGCGAGCUGGCCACCAGCCUGGGGCUGGGCCUGGAGGAGCACUCGUUCCAGGACUGGCCGUGCCAGUUCCGCAUCAACAGGUACAACUACACGCAGGAGACGGUGGGCUCCUCCGGCGUGCAGACCCACACGGACUCGGGCUUCCUCACCGUGCUCCAGGAGGACGAGUGCGUCGGCGGCCUCGAGGUGCUGGACCCCGCCGCCGGUGAGUUCGUGCCCGUGGACCCCGUCGCCGGCUCCUUCCUCGUCAACAUCGGCGACGUCGGCACGGCGUGGAGCAACGGGAGGCUCCACAACGUGAAGCACCGGGUGCGGUGCGUCGCGCCCGUGCCGCGCAUCUCCAUCGCCAUGUUCCUGCUGGCGCCCAAGGACGACCGCGUGAGCGCCCCGGAGGCGUUGGUCGACGCGGGCCACCCGCGUCGGUACAAGCCGUUCAACUACGACGACUACCGGAGGCUCCGGCUGUCCACCGGCGAGCGCGCAGGCGAGGCGCUCGCGCGGAUGGCGGCGUGAUGUCGUCACGCACGUGCAAGCCGUUAAUUAUAGGCUCGCGCAUGCAUACGCCUACACGAGAGGUUGUCUCGUUAAGCCGUUCUAUUAAAAUGUGUGGGGGAGAAAGAUGACUACCGUGGUGCCAUGUGGAUUGCUAUCGGGUCUGAUCAAUAAAAUCUUGCAACACUUGCACGUGCGAUUCCAUAUCCUAGCACGGGUGGGCGCCACGCUAGUAGGUAGAGACCGGAGCGGCCAAAAAAUGGCUACAGCACCAGUAGGUGAACUCUCAAGCAACACUGGCUAUCCCACUUCUGACGUUGUCUCUCUCAUCACUAUGUAUGACCAGCGAAUGAAGUGUUUAAAAAUCUGACGCCGUG